AUGGCAGGCACUCCGCCAAAUGGCGCUACAGCUACAGGUCGUCGUUUGGCGAUGCGCUCCCGCGCCGUUACCGACGCGAGCCGCAGCAGAAGGCGGAGUCAGUCGUGCUCGAGCGGCGAGGGGUGGAUGGGCGCUGUGCGUCCGAUCGGAUCGAUGAGGCGUGUGUGAUGCAAGAUGCACGAAGUGCGUGACUAUGCGAUUGUUGACAGUGGCGGCGCUUUGGCUUUUGGCGCGCUGCACGCUCCCGAAGGAUAUCGACGAAGAUGAACCCGGUGUUGAGUCGGUGGUGAGCUGCGGCCACGACCCCGUGCGGCUCCGCUGUCGCUCCUACCACCAAAUGGCCACCGUUCUCGAGGCGUGGUUCUACGAGACGGCACACGUGUGCGUGGAGCGGCCGCCGCCACCGCCCCAGCCGCCCUCCACAGCGGACACAGCAGUGCCGCGGUAUUCCGUCCUGGCCAGCUUUAACGCCAAGUGCUCCGGCCGACGGCACUGCACCUUUCGGCUGCGGGAGGACCAUCCGAACGUGUGGCGGCCCGGAGUGGUGUUCGUACGAUAUCGGUGCAUAGAACGUGAAGCGGUCACCCGGUACUGUUCCGAGGUAGUGACGGCGCCACACGGCUACCUUACCAACCCCGGCUACCCUCAUUAUUACCCUGGCCAGGUCAACUGCUCGUGGCACGUGCGCGCCCACCCCGGCCAGCACCUGCGAGUAACCGUCCAUGAUCUGGAUGUGAGAGGUAUUCGGCAGGGCGGUGACGUGUGCACCGAUUUCCUCCGGGUCUCCGAGGGCCGCCGGGUGCUGUCACUCGAGUGUGGAGCCCUCCAGGAGUCACGUGUGGUGACCUCCCGCGGCCCAGAGGUCACCGUCACUCUCUGGGGUCAGGGUCAGGCGCUGUUCCCCCACCGCGGGGCGCUAGUUGAGUUCACAGCGGUGGGUUGCCCCACGCCGCCGCCACCUCGGGACGGCUACCUGGUGUUCCGGAACGAGACGCACGCCUUUUUCUCCUGCUGCGUCAACUUUGUGUUCGGCGACACGCUGGUCAAGGAGCGUCUGCUGCGCUGUGUCGACGGCCGAGGCUGGAGCGUGUCGCUGCCCAGACAGUGUAUAGACGUGCGGCUACUGAUGGAGUAUGCCAACUCCACUGUGCGGCGCGAGCUGGAGCGGGAGCUGGUCACAGCACCACCGGCCGACACUCGGCCGGUUCAUGUACGCACCGAUAACCUGUUUGUAGAUACUAUUCUUCCAAUAUUAAUCCUGGUCGGUUUGAUGCUGGGAAACUGUGUCAUUGUUGCGGUUAUCCUCAAAUAUAGGAGGAGGGACAGGGACAGGGCUCGGGAGGGGACCGGUGGCGGCGGCCGAGAGCUGGUGGACCUCAGUGACCCCGACCCGCGCACCGUGUAGCCUGCGGGGGUCACUGGAGGUCACCAUGUCACCAGCCUGGCCUUUGGAGGUCACAAGAUUGCCUGCAGGAUCACCGAGGGACUACCAGGUCGCCGACUGGGCCGCCGAAGGUCAUAAGGUCGCUGACCAAGUCACUGGAGGACAGCAGAGGUCACAAGACUGUCGCCAGCCACCGAGACUGCAGCGACACCAAGUCACACCUGGCCGAAUGUUCCUAGACUGUUCGCCAUUGAUCAUCUCCGCGGCGACCACUGAACUACAAAGGCUGUCUGCGGUGACCGGUGAUCACCAAUGAUCACUGAUCGCCAGCGAUCACCUCGGUGGCGGGCUGCCGUUCCUCUCAUUUACCGCUCCGACAGACUGGAGCCGUGUAGGUGGCGCUCGCGUCGACUCUGCCUCUUCGAAGGAUCGGAAAGAUUCCUAUCACGGAGACCAGCCAGGUGGCCCCCGGCGCCACACGGGGCCGCUCCACUGCCAUACCUAGCACCCCAGAGAACUCGCCAGUGAGAGCGUGAGCACGGGGAGGGAAACCAACGCGAAUCGUUAGAUGGGCCGCGAUGCUUUAACAGUAUUUUGCGUUACGUUAGUUUGAUUCAUGAUUUUAUCACAUCACAGUUCAACGUUGACAUUGUUUAUUGAGUAUACUUUAUACACAAUUAUCAGUUUGAAUGUAUUUAAAUGCGACGCGAAUGUUGCUUUUGAAGUGAGUGAGGAUUAUGUUGCGAACACAUGCCGAUGUUAAAUUAUGUAGACUUCGUCGUGCUAGCUUUCUCAGUCAUUUUCUUCUGGCGCCUGCGCGGCCGUUUUAGUUGUGUACUUUGCGUGUAGAUGAUGUCAGACAGAUGCUGUGAUUAGCCGAGGCCGCGAUGAUGUGUAGACAAGGGGAUGUCAAGGUCCACAGCGGAUGGAGGGAGAGUAUUUUCCUGAUCGCAGGUUGCCUUAGGACACGGCCGCCCCACUGCCAGCGCGCGGGCUGUGGAGGGCGAGACUCGGCCGGCGCCCCGGGCAGCACAAUCUGACUGUAGUUGACGCGCCUCCCUUUCAGUGAAACUGCCAAAUAUCUGACUUCCAGACUGACAACCUUCCUCCGUAUAUCUCUGCAUCAGGACGCCUGUUGUCGAUCAAAUAUCAGUGCUACUCGUUUAUUGAUAUCAGCUGCUGUUGGUCUACUCCUCUCCAGAAUAUCGACUGUAUACUCGUCUUAUCUCGCCCAUUACAUAGCCCGCUUUCCGGACUCAACAUUACCGCGACUUUCAGUGUUAACCCAAUGCGUCUCCCGAUUGUCCGAAGUGCUUCACCAGUCGCGGAUAGUACAAACACGGCACAUCGCGGCGAACUCCGUCUAUUGUGGAUAGCAGCGACAAAGGACGCCGCCGAACGCAGCUCGCCUGCUGCACAGUGGCAGUUAUAGCGAAAGUGAGUGAGUGCACUGUGCAGAGCCCUUCGUCGGCUCUGGUGUGUCCGUUUCGGCGCCCGACUCCUACACGCUGCUGUGAGCUGUCGCGGCGCCCGGCUCCUACCGCCGCAGAGGCGCUGUGUCAGCAGUGUCAGUGUGUGAGCGGUGUCGUGUCACAGUGUCACUCGGAUGUGUCAGUGUCAGUGGGAUUGUGUCUCGCCGUCGGCCGGAUAUUUUUGUAUGCGAGCGGCCAGCGCCGGCGGCGGAGACGAGUGUGGAGGUAAUACAUGCACCUGUAUGGAGA